GAAUGGUACUACAGUACGAAUGGGUGGUUAACGGUACCAGUCGCAUUCUCAAUAGCGCUGGUACCUUUCUAGACCUGACCGGUCGAACGGCUGCAGAGGGCGAGAUGGGUUUGCUAGGUGUGCGUGCAAAUAUUGGUUGCUUGUCUCGAGAUUCGUUCAGCUAG